AUGCAGUCCCAUGAUCCUGGUCAUUUCUUUGAGUCCAAUGAGGCGAUUGCUAACCGCGAGAGAAAGGCGGCCAAGUCAAGUAACAAGCAUGGAAACCCCAUACCUAUGAAAUCUAAGAUUCUAGCGGCUAUACCUGACCCUUUUGACCGCUUGAAUUCUAUCUUCAUCGCCGAAUCCGCCGGUUUUGCGAGACGAGUUUCCCUUGAGUCAUCCGAGGUUAAGACAACAUAUCGUGGUCCCAAAGCCCCCGUUACAUGUGUUGCAAUUGGCGGAAAGGGUAACACGGCUCUCUUUGCUGGCUCAUGGGACAAAGACAUCUGGUCUUGGGACGUCGAAACGGCAGAGCCGCGCCUCACAUACAGUGGCCACAGUGACUUUGUCAAAACUGUCAUUUCUACAACUAUUUCUGGAAAGAAUAUCCUCAUUAGUGGCGGUGCAGACAAGAAGAUCCUAGUCUGGGAUGUGGAAACAGGAAAACGCCUGUUCACACUGCAAGAUGCAUCCACAACAAUGUUAGCUGUGCAGCACCUGGCGAUUGACCCAGUGGAAAGCAGCAUCGAUUCCAUUGUCGUCGUGAGCGCAAGCAGUGAUCCAAGCCUUCGCAGAUGGAAAAUAUCGUUGGACAGUGCUGAGCAACUUCCCGAGUCGUUUAAAGAUCAUCCCGAGACUGAGCGCCUUACAAUCUUGGAACAUGAUACGAGCGUCUACAAACUUAACUUUGAUCUUUUUGAAGACGAGCUUGACUUGUGGACAGCAAGCGCUGACGGCACCGCCAAGUGCCUUUCUCGAGCUACCAACUUCACCACCGCAGAUACUCUCAAACAUGGCGACUACGUUCGCGGCGUAGUCACAACAGAUCAGUGGGUAGUAACAGCUGGUCGUGACGAAGAUGUAAAAGUUUGGAAUAGGGCUACCGGUAAAUUGUACUGCAAGCUGUAUGGCCACUUCGAUGAGAUUACCGAUCUUGUUCUUUUACAAAAUAGCCAGGGAGCUGGUGCGAAGGUUUGUAGUGUCGGCAUCGACGGCACUAUCCGCGUUUGGCCCCUAGCGAAGAACGGACUCGAUGAGACCGUACGCGCAAUUGACGAAGCCGAAAAGAACCAAAACCAAGAUAUUGAAGAGGAGAAAGGGGAGGGCAUGUUGACAGCGGAAGAGGAGGCAGAACUUGCAGAGCUUAUGGACGACUAA